AUGUCCCCGGAGCCGUCCGUCUGGCCGGCUCAGGACGAUCACCACUCGCGUUCCCUCGCCGCCGCCCAACCUCCUCGUGAAGCUCGCCCUCGACGGUCGCGUCGCAAGAAGGACGACGAAGCAGAUCUCGACCGCAAAGACACCAAAGUGACCAAACCCAAGGAGAAAGAAAAAGAUAAGGACAAGGACCGAGAGAAGGAAAAGGACAAGGAUAAGUCCAGAGAGAAGGACAACAACAAGGAAAACGAUAAGGAUAAAGACGGGCAGGAGCAGAAGGAGUCGAAACGGGGCAAUCGACGCCAACGCGAUAAAUCCGUGUCUAUGUCAAACGCUCAUUCCUCGACCAAUUCGGCCUCCCAUUCUCGCAAGAAACCAAAGCUGGAGGAGACGCCUGCGGAACAGAGGCCUUCCAUGCCGGCUUCCACUGCGCCGCCCGCUCCAAUUCCAGCUCCCACGGCAGCUCCAGCUCCGCCAGCUCCUACUACUCCCGCGGCCAGUCCUCCAGCUCCUCUGCCGGCCGCCUCUUUGUACCAUCAUCAUCAUUAUCACCACCACCAACCCCCAUCGCACAUGCAACAAGGACCUCGCCCUUCGCUGCAAUCGUCCGCUUCGCUACCGUCGUCAGCUCACCCCACCCCGGUGCAGUCGGUUUCCUACCAUAGUCAUACGAUGGCUCCGGUAGGGCCGCCCCCGCGCCCUCAAUCUCAACCUCCUCCCCCGCCGCCGACCAGGACCAGCGGCCAGAAUUUUGACCCCAUUCGGUCGGCAUUUGACACGGCCACCCCAGCUCCAGCUCCGGUUUCAACCCCAGGGCCUACCUCUACCUUCAGUCCGUCGGCGCGCCCGCCAUCACCCCGGCCACAGUUCCGUGCCAGCGCGUCGCCGGCUAUCGCCAGCAUAAUCGAUCCCCCUACGAAUUCGUCGCCUCCGCUCUAUGCUCCCCGGUCCUACGUCUCCCCCGGGCGUGGCAAUUCGGCCUACUCUCCCUCGCCGGCUGCCACACCGGCCAUCGCGCCCACGCCUCCGCCUCUGUUCCCCCCUCAAGCCCGACCAGUUUCUCCUUACGCUCAUCGAUCGCCCUACCCGCCUCAGCCGCAACCGCAACCGCAACCGCAACCGCAGCAGCCCUCCCAUCAAUCUUCGCCCUCCAAUUCGUCUCCGCCGGCCCAGCAUGCGCCGAUGAUCCCACCUGCGAUGCCCGAGCCUUCGCAACCGGCCUCGUCAAAUAAUCAGCGGGCGCCGUCGCCCGAGCCAACUCCCAUGGACGUCGAUGCGGAUCGCUCUCCCCCGUCUGCGGUGGCUACAACCCCCAAAAAGGAAAACAAAGCACCUCCCACGGCACCUCCCACGGCACCACCAUCGGACCCUACAUCGCCGAAGCCUCCCCGCGCGGCAAAGGAAGCUCCCUCGGCGCUACCCCAAGGCUCCGGACUGAUCUCCAAUGCGCUGUUCGGCAUGGGCGACGGCGCAUCAACUGACGAUCCCUCUUCGCAACGCACGCCCAGUAUCAUUCUGCAUAUCCCCCUACAGGGCAAUGGCGAUCGGAUUGUUAAUUUCGCCCGUCUAGCGGAGGAGCAGUACGGGUUUGCAGCGCUGCAUCCCCGUCUUGCCGCCCACAAGGAGCGACUGGCCCGCGUGGCUGCGGCAGGUGCUGCGUUGGAACGGAACGAUAAGAUUGGUCGCGGAGUCUCGGCUGGAGAGAGUGCGGACGAGGACCUGAGCCUGGAGAUGGAUCGGGACAGUGAUCUGGAAGGGGAAAGCGCGCUUGGCCCGUCAGCGGCUCGCGCCAACGGGCCCGAGGCUACGGAGGGAAAGAAGAAGCGCCGCAGGAAGAAGAUGGAGGAAUAUGACCGAGACGAUCCGUUUGUGGACGAUAGCGAGUUAGCCUGGCAGGAACAGGCCGCAGCGAGCAAAGAUGGGUUCUUUGUAUACAGUGGACCGCUGGUGCCCGAGGGCGAGAAGGUGCAAGUUGAACGCGCCGACGGCACAAUCAAACGUGGUCGCGGCCGUGGACGUGGAGGUCGCGGACGAGGCCCGCCAACCACCCAGCAUCAAGUUCCCCUGGCGGCUGCCGUCCCCAUAUCGCAGGAAACCGGCCUUCCUCUACGCGGUCCCGGAUCACGAGGUGGCAAUCCGCGCCGUCCGCGGGCCAAAGCGGCUCGUCAACAAACGGAGCAGGACAAAUCGAACGGAAAUGGGCAUACAUCGCAUGGUCGAGGCGGAGGAGUCGCUGGCCGCGGAGGCUCGAUGAGUACACGAGGAGGAAAGACGCCGUCGAUGGUCGAAUUGGCCCCGCGGCCAAACAUAGCGACUCCCCUUUCCGGACCUGAGCACGAACUGGGGACGAAAUAA